CCAGUCUGUAAACUGUAUGUUAUAAUUGUAUAAGGUAUAUUGACGUCUGUCCCGAUGGAUAUACAUGGUAUAGGAAAACAUCCGGGUUUUUUGCAGGUAUAGAGUUUCCUGAGAUGUUGGUAAAGAGACCUUGCCACUUUGACAAGCUUCCAAUAUGUAGGCAUACGAUCAAGAGCACAACAUGUCGGCAAAUCAUCUAGUGUCCAACAUGUCGUCAAAUCACCCAACGAAACAGUCUCCUAGUCAUCUUGAUGAGUGUCCAACAUGUCGUCGCCGCGCGGCACGAAUGGAACGUGAAGCUGUCAAAUCCGUGCCAAAGAGAGUAAAACCACCGAAAACAGCAAAACCAGUAAAAACUAAAGAGAAGGUAUUCAUUCCGAAGCCGGUCGGUGAAUCCACUUCCCUGGAAAGUGGCUUUAUUAUUUCCCACAUCCACGCACUGUCACAGGAUCACGCCUACGUUUGGCACUAUAGCGAAAAGAAAGUUCUAGUGAUGAAUAAAAGUGGCGUGGUGGAACAAGUGCUUGAAAUUGACACAAAAAGUAACGUCACGGAUAUUUGUGUAUCUCCUCAGAGUGGAAAUAUAUGGUACGCAUGUGGGAAUGGAGGCAUGUUUGAGAUGAUAAAAAACAAGACAAGUUUGAACCGAUUUAAUAUCGGAUUUGAACCACGCUGUUUGUGUGUGUCUUCCAAAAACCAAGUCCUAGUGGGUAGAGAAUGUAAUAUGAUUGUUUUCAAUACAGACGGAAGUGUCGUCAUGGAUCUAGGGGAGAUAAAUCCAGAUGCUGAUCUGAUCGAGUUUUGUCCAAGUAAAAUAGCGCAGUGUCCUUACACGGACUAUUUUUGUGUUUGUGAUUUCUUCCACCAUUACUUUGUUCUCCUGGACACAUCACUUAAAAUCAUCUGGUGGUUCCGCGGAUCUACUGUUACGCAUUCUGGGGGCGUUGUCAUGGAAACUGGAUAUUCUAGUCCGGAUUUGUUUUGGCCUCACACCGCGGCGUUUGACAAAGAUGGGACUAUAAUCAUAGGCAAUAAGGGAGAUAACAACGCUUUGGUAGCCAUAGGGCGAGAUGGCCGUGUGAUACAGGUCAUCUCGAGGGAGGAGGACGAACCGUACGCUUUAUGUCUACACAAAGAUGGCCACUUGUGGGUGGGACUGGACACACGCCUCGUCAAAGUUUAUCAGUUAUCGGGAAAACAGAUAUCACGUUCACAGAAGCUGAGUUUGAAGUAAACAUUUAGAUACAUAUAGUAAGUGUCAUCACGCACAAAAAAGGGACAGGAGAGGCGACAAAAAGAAAGACGCUAAAACUAAAGGAAAGGCAACAUGUUUUCAUUUGUUCCUUAAAAAAGAUACGUAAACAUUAUUAAUCUUAUAAAUGUAAUGGCCGGGAUUAUCACUAUAAGUAACUUUUAUUCGCAAAGUUUGUUUUCCCUUUCGUGUUGAUACAUUUGGCUUGUCAUAUAUAUUUAGAGUAUUAUUUUAUGAAUGAAAAUACGGAUGUUUUCAGAUUUCAACCAAUGUAUAAUGAAGUACACGUCGAACGAUCCAUCCAUAGUUAUAUUACAUGCCUAUGACACAAUGGUAAGAAACAGAGAACAAUAUUGUAACGGUCUUACAGUUUUGCAAGUCAAAGUGUGCAGAGUAUGAUGUUGUAGAUGUAUAUUCUAACCAUUUUCUAAAUAAACACAGAUCGUGUGAAUCAUUUGAAACAGUUAUGACACACCCAGCUGA